AUGCCGUCCAUCACGACCCGCACCUACGCCGAACGGGCUGCCAAGCACCCCGUCCCGGUCGCAAAGCAGUUGCUCGACAUCUGCGACCGCAAAAAGACCAACCUCUGCGUUUCAGUCGACGUGACGAGCAAGGCGGGCCUGCUCAGGAUCGCAGAGGCUGCCGGCCCGUACUGCUGCUGCAUCAAGACCCACAUCGACAUCGUCGAGGACUUUGACCGGGAUCUCGUUCAGCAACUGCAGGCUCUCGCAGACAAGCACGAUUUUCUGAUUUGGGAGGACCGCAAGUUUGCCGACAUCGGCAACACCGUUCGGCUGCAGUACUCGUCCGGUAUCUACAAGAUCGCAUCCUGGGCGCACAUCACCAACGCCCACUUGGUCCCCGGCGAGGGCAUCCUGACGGGCCUCGCAUCCGUCGGUCUGCCCCUUGGCCGCGGUCUCCUGCUUCUCGCCGAGAUGAGCGCCAAGGGCAACCUCGCGACUGGCGAGUACACGGCCAAGAAUGUCGAGGCGGCGAGGCGGCAUCCUGAAUUCGUGAUGGGCUUCGUUGCGAUGCGGAGGGUGGACGAGCGGGAAGAGACGGCUGGCGGUGUUGCGCCGGGAGAAGGGGCCGACUACGUCAUCAUGACGCCCGGCGUCGGACUCGACUCGAAGGGCGACGGCAUGGGCCAGCAGUACCGUACACCCGACGAGGUCAUCCGCGAGUCCGGCUGCGACGUUAUCAUCGUCGGUCGGGGUAUCUACGGCGGCGGCGACGGCAACCCUAACGAAGAGAUCGUCAAGCAGUGCAAGCGGUAUCAGGAGGCGGGCUGGAAGGCGUACGAGGACAGGCUGAGGCAGUGA